CGGGAAGUAAAAACAUUAGCACGUUGACAGUCGAUGUGACAGCAGGACGGUGUGGACGUUUUUGUUGAUUACACCGAAGUGGUAAACAUUUAAAAUUGCCAAACUGUUACGGUGUUAUUAUGUCAAACAUUCUGUCACGUGAAAAGGACAGCAAAUCUCCUCCAUUGAAAGCUGUCACUUGUCUCCUUGUGGGUGCGGGAAUUCGUGGUCAUGGAUACGCAGCUUAUGCUUUGUAUUAUCCAGACAAAUUUAAGAUUGUCGCUGUCGCUGAACCUAGAGAUUUUCAGAGGAACCAGGAGAAAGAACAACACAAAAUAGACGAUAAGUUUUGUUUCAAAGACUGGCGCGCUGCAGCCGGCAAGGAGAAGCUUGCUGAUUGUGUCAUCAUCUGUACAGUAGACAGAGAGCACAAGGAACCUGCUGUUGCCUUUGCAAAGAAAGGUUAUCACAUUCUGCUGGAAAAACCCAUGGCUGUGACAGAAGGUGACUGUCGUGAGAUAGUGUCCACAUGUAAAAACAACAAUGUCACACUGACUGUGUGUCACGUUCUACGAUACACUCCCUGGGUCAAGAAGAUCAAGGAAAUUAUCGACAGUGGCGCCAUCGGAGAUGUUGUCAAUAUACAGCACACCGAGCCUGUAGGUUUCUGGCAUUUUGCUCACAGUUUUGUUCGUGGGAACUGGAGAAAUGAAAGUCUCAGUGCUAAUUCUUUGCUGGCCAAGUGUUGUCAUGACGUCGACCUCAUCAAAUACUGGAUGGGUCCCAAACGAUGCAUUGCAGUGUCGUCAUUUGGAGGUCUCGCUCAUUUCAAAAAGGAGGAUAAACCACCAGGGGCUGCAUCGAGAUGUUUGGAUUGUCCUAAGGAAAUUCAGUCAUCUUGUCCAUACUCAGCUAAAAGACUAUACCUGAAUUCUGGAAGGACGGGGUGGCCGGUCUCCGUUUUAACAGAUGUUCCGGAUAUCGAGAGUAUAACAGAGGCUCUGAAAACAGGACCAUAUGGUCGGUGUGUCUACGAGUGUGAUAACGAUGUUAUGUCACACCAGGUAACAAACUUUCAGUUUGAAGGUGGAGCCACUGCUUCCUUGACGAUGAUGGCCUUUACUAAGAGACUGUGUGAACGUGAGGUCAAAGUGUAUGGGACAAAAGGGGAAAUAACCUGUGAUGCUGCUUCUCUGAAAACUCUGAAAGUGUUUGACUUCGUUACAGAACAGACAACCACUGAAGAGCUUGGUAGAGAAUCUUUGGGUCUUCUCAGUGGACAUGGUGGUGCGGACUUCCAUCUCGUAAAUAGCUUUGUGCAUGCACUGCUGGAAGGCCGAAAGGAUCUGGUCCUGACCGGGGCAGACGACACUCUCGGCAGCCAUCUUCUAGUUUUUGCUGCGGAGAAAGCUCGGAAAGAAAACCAAGUAGUGACCAUCAAUCCAGACGGUUCAUUCUAGAGAACGAAGCAAGCAAGUGUCCUUCGAUUUCACGGAAACAGUCAUUUCUGGUACUGUGUCGGUAAAUUCACGGAAACAGUCGUUUCUGGUACUGUGUCGGUAAAUUCACGGAAACAGUCGUUUCUGGUACUGUGUCGGUAAAUUCACGGAACCAAAAAUUUGCUUCCCAUGAUUACUAUAUCGACUAUUCAACGAAAAAAUUAUAUAUACAGUUUCCGAUGGGUUCCCAUGAUCACAAGGCACGGACCCAAAAAGGUUUUCCUAUGAAAUUUGAAAUCCUAUGCAGUGGCAUUAGAAAGGUGCCGGGGGAGGGGGGUGGCACAGUUUUAUAUUUACACACCAUUACACUAUUAUAAAGCAAAUAUAAAGAGAAAUAUCUGAAAAGUGGGGAGCACAUGCCCCCCUUGCCUGCCCCCCCGCCCCUUCCUACACCAGUGCUGUGGCCUGCAUUAGGAUUUGUUUCAAACCAACUCGUAAGCUAAAUGGUGUCCCAACAGCCGCACAUGUAGUAUUCUCUGUCAUAGAUGCAUGGACGCCUCUUAAAGUUGACCACUGCCUUCAACCUCUUACAGAUUAUUACUGAUGGUCUUCGUUCCCCAACAAAUGAUGACUUGCGCUGAACUCGGACUGCGAAGAAUAUUUGUCCAGUAACACCCCCAGCACAUUGUUUAAUCAGCAAAUAUCAGGGGCGAAGUUUUUGACAGUUAUGACCCGUGGUAUAGCAUGUUAAGUGAUGGAGAGAAACUGGUGUCGUGGUUAAGCCAUCGGACAUAAGCCACCCAGAGUGAGUUUUAAUGACUCAAUCAGGAGGUGUAAGACCACUAUACCCUCUUCUCUCUAACUAAUCACUGACCACUAACAAAUAACUGUC